GCAACGAGCUCUGUCUGCGCACCAGCACGCGGUGCAUACAUUUCGACGUGCGCGUGCAGACAAUUGAAGCUCAUUAGAUAAACACAUCCCUCGGGAGUGUUUCGACUUGAGGCUCCUCUCUCAUCGAGCCAUCUGCUCGCACACCGCGAGACCGCUCGCUCACAGACCGCCAUGGCCUACCAUCUCUGCGUCGACUGUGGCGGCUCUAAGACUGCGGCCGCAAUCGCGGACUCUGAGGGCAACAUCCUCGGCCGUGGCCAGGGCGGCCCCUCCAACUUUGCUUACCUCGGACUCCCCAACUUCAUACAAGCGGUCACCGAUACCGUAAACGCUGCUCUCAGGUCGUUCAUGCCCCACACCGAGGCCCAAUCCCUCCUCCCGCCCAGUGCACCGCUUUUCGCCUCCGCGUGGUUCGGCGUCUCCGGCGUUGACAGCAACGCCGCGAUCGCGCGCCUUGUCCCACCUCUUACCGCCCUCCUUGGCGUCGAGCCCGUCGUCGCGAAUGACACACAUCUGCUGGCAGCCCCGCUGCGCAUGCACGACGACGUCUCCGCCGCGAUCGGCUGCGUCUCCGGUACGGGCGGUAUCGUCGUCAGUUUCCGGCAGGGGCAGGGCACGGGCGCGCGCCUCGAGGAGCUCGGGCGCGUCGGCGGCUGGGGGUGGAUCCUGGGCGACGAGGGCGGCGGAUUCCACGUCGGGCGCGAGGCGGUGCGGCAGAUCCUGUGGGACGAGGACCGCGCCUCUGUAUACCCGCCGGAGGAGCGCAAGACGGAGAGCACACUCAAGACGCGCGUUAUGCAGCAUUUUGGCGUCGCGGAUCCGUUCGAGCUCCUCACGGUUGUGCACUGGCCGGACCCCGUCGCGGGGGCGGAGGUGGAUGCCACGGCGCCCGCGUACACGCGCGACGUGCGCGAGAAGCGGCUAUCGUCGCUCGCGCCGCUCGUGUUCGCGGCCGCGUUCGAGGACAAGGAUGCGCUCGCGCUGCGUGUUCUGGGAGUCACGACGAACGUGCUUAUUGACCAGAUCUGCGUGCUACUGCGGCCGGAGGCGGAGGGUACGGAAUAUGCGCCGCGGACGGUGAAGGCGAGCGAGACGAUCCUGUGCUUUGGGGGAAGCCUGGCGGGCGUGGAGGCGUAUAGGAAACUCCUACUAGACGAGCUUGCGCGGAGGGGACACGUUAUGAAGCGGGUGACGUUCAUCGACGACGCGGCGGUGGCUGGUGCGAAGGCGCUCGCAGCGUUGGGCAGAACAUGAUGAUCUCGAGGGAACAAGUGUGUAUGUAUUCGUAAUAUCUUGGGAUUGAUGUACGUGGUAUUUUUCGUUAUGUGGAGGGCUACGUAUGUACCUGCGCGGGCUGGUUCACGGUGUUGUGGCA